CACCGAAUUAUCAGUUAAAAGUCACCAGCUGAGUACGCACUGCGGCUUAUUUCUUUCUUUUCCCAGAAUUUCUUAACUGCCAAACAGCCAUUACUCACUAGCGAAAAGUUGCACCUGAUUUGAUCCAAACCUCCUUCAAUAAACGAUAAAUUGCGAGAAUUUUAGAAGCUAAAUAUGAUCGGAGUAGGCAAGGUCAAGCAAUACUCUAAUGUCCUCGACAAACCACUCAGUAAGGGUAAACAAGAGGUCAGUUUGAGUGCGUUUGCAUUUUUGUUUUCAGAACUCGUUCAAUACAACCAGACACAAGUUGACAACAUUUCUGAAUUAGAACGAAGGCUGGAGGAUGCAGGCUAUGCAGUUGGAGCUCGAGUUCUUGAACUUCUUUGCCACAGAGAAAAGGGGAAUAGAAAGGAAACUCGAUUAUUGGGUAUUUUGUCUUUUGUACACAGCACAGUGUGGAAGGUGUUGUUUGGAAAAGUAGCUGACUCUCUUGAGAAAGGCACUGAACAUGAAGAUGAAUACAUGAUCAGUGAGAAGGAGCUUCUUGUGAACAGAUUUAUUUCCAUUCCAAAAGACAUGGGAACAUUCAAUUGUGGAGCAUUUGUUGCUGGAAUAGUGAGGGGUGUUUUGGAUGGCGCUGGUUUUCCAGCGGUAGUAACAGCUCAUUUUGUACCCAUGGAUGGUCAGCAACGACCUCGGACAACCAUUUUGAUAAAAUUUGCUGAAGAGGUACUAAGAAGAGAAGCAAGAUUAGGUUGAUAUUUUUGCCAAGAUUUCAUCAUGUAAUUUUAGUCAAUCAUGUUCUACAAAAGGGUCGAGAGUGGCGAAUUUUCAGCCUAUUUAUCAAAGUAAUCAGGAUUAUCACCUGCCAGUCCUAUCGCAUAUUGUUGUCAUUGUCAGAUUCCUGCUUUCUUUAUACGUAUGCUCUUGUUCAGGUUGUGAUUAUUUUACUGAUCUAGUUAAAGCAAUUAUUGCCACUGCAGUUGAUGUAAAGUACAAGUUCUUACUCUAAUUGCUUGUAUGGAAAAGUGCAUUGUUUUAA